CCUACAGCCGUCCGAUUCAGUGAUUUUUUUCUCACCCGCUGCUGCUCGUUGAGGGUGUAUGACGUCUGGGUCCGCGCUUAAGUGGGACCACUUGUUUGCUACGGUGGGCAUCCGGAGUCGCGUCGCUCAGAAAAUGAAAUGCAGCGAAAACCUAACCUACCGCGAGCCUCUCCUCCCAAUCCCGUGCCUCCUCUCCUCUCCCCCAAUCGCGGCCUCCUCUCUUCCUUCCCAAUCAGCCGCCGCCUCCUCUCGUUUCUCCUCCCCAAUCCGGUGCAGAGGAGUGGAAAGGGACGGCGGCGACCCGUGCGGCGCCAGUGGUGGCGGACUCGCCGUUCCCCGCGAGCGAGGAGACAGGGACGGCGGCGACCCGUGCGGCCCCAGUGGUGGCGGACUCGCCGUUCCCCGCGAGCGAGGAGACAGGGACGGCGGCGACCCGUGCGGCGCCAGUGGUGGCGGACUCGCCGUUCCCCGCGAGCGAGGAGACGAGAUCGGUGGGGCCCUCGACCUGCGCGAGAGGCGGCGUGCGGCGUGGCGGCGGCUCCUGUCCUCUCGGCUCCGGGGCUCGAGGUUUUCUUCUCCCCUCACGUAUUUGGGCCUCUCGCGCCUAGCGACGGCGCGGUGGAAGGUGGCGGCUGGACAGGGCAGUGGAAGGAGGCGUGCGCCAGCCCCGCCGGUGGUUUCCUUCAUCUCCACGCGGCGGUUGGCGACGCAGAGAUGGGCGACGCGCACGUCGCGCAUGCCCCUCCUCCUUGGCAUGUUCUCAUCUCUGUCGGGCAGCAAGCAACAUGGAAGAAACUUUGUUCCCACAGCACAAGUGCACGAGAGGAGAAGAAGAGCACCAGACUUGAGAUGUUGAGCGUCACAGUGACGCAGCCCGCUCGCCAUGGCAGAGCAUGCAAGAUUGAGGAAUUUGAUUGGAGCGCUUCACAUAGUGGUCUAAGUCUCUGGUUCCUCCUAUGCCAAUGUCCCGUUAGUUCCGAUUGUAUUCACCAACUUUACACUUUCUUCCUGAUUUUGUUUUGUAGUCACAAUGCUACAUAACUCAAGAAAUGCUCCUAUUCUACAAAGCAUGCAAGAUUGAGGAAUUUGAUUGGAGCGCUUCACAUAGUGGUCUAAGUCUCUGGUUCCUCCUAUGCCAAUGUCCCUUUAGUUCCGAUUGUAUUCACCAACUUUACACUUUCUUCCUGAUUUUGUUUUGUAGUCACAAUGCUACAUAACUCAAGAAAUGCUCCUAUUCUACAAGUAACCAAAUAUGUUAAUAUUGUAGUUGUUAUGCCACCUUCAGGACACAUGUUAAUAGUUUAUUUUAUAUUUGAAACCUGUCUUUGUUCGUCUUUACACAAAUGAAAAGCUUGAGUGUUGCCGAGUCAAAAGAACAUGCUUUUCGAGACAAUCAUUCCGGUUCUAAUGUUUACUAAAUUUUGGAAAGCUUUUAAUACUACUUGAUUUUAACUGUCUGGCUUCAAAUAGAUUUAUUAUACAACAAAGUAAUGUUGUGGAGAUUUUGCCAAUGAUAUUGCUCUAAUUGGGUAUGAAUUUUUUCCUCUUUGUGUACGACACAUGCUAGAGAAUGUAAGGAACCUUAAAAGUGUUUUCUUCUAUUUUGCGGUUGACAGAAAUCCAUCAUCUGAACAAUGGGGGCAUGGCAUACUCUCUGCAGCUCACUACGGUAGGGAAGUACUUCACGUCAUGUCCAAAAGCCGAGUGUACGUCGACACAGCGGGUGGGGUCGGUGUCACGUCCACUGACCGAGCGGUUUGUAUGGACCUAGAUAUAUAAUUUCUAUUUUGAGUUAUUUACGAUGAAGAUUUGAAUGUCUGCAUGUAAUGCUUCACAAUUUUACUCCUUGCUUUUGAAGGCUCUGCAUGCUUCUCUUCCAACCAAUUACUUACUAGCUGCAACAGCCUGACAGUAUGUUCCUAAGAUUGUUGUUGCUGAAGAGAUGAUUGCAUGUGAAGAACUGCUACAGAUCAGAUGGCAACCUUUGAUCAGGUUUUCACCUUAUGAUCUCUUGGAGUGAUCUUACCAUUCUAUGGCAACCUUUGAUCAGGUUAUCAACAACAGGUUUGGCAUCGUUGAGGCUGCCUUUUUUAUUCAAUGGAGAUUGACCAUGAUGAUGGCUGCAUAUGAGUGAAGAAGACAAAUGCUCUGGAUGAUGCCAAUAUGUACAAGGAUACAGGGGUGGGUCUAUCAAAUUCCUGCUAUGCAUCUCUGAUACUGGUUAAAGUGAGCUGUGGCGGAGAGAGUUACAUUGGUAUUUCAUUUUCCAUAUCCUUGCAUUUAUGCAUCUUACUCAAUGAAUGUGUUAACAAGCUCAUAUUUCAAGGGAUUGGUCAUUCAUGGUCCGUUCAAAAUGGUUUCAUGGUCCAUAUUAAAAGGGAUUGGUCAUUCAUGGUCCAUAUCCAGAGAGUAUUGUAUACAUGUUAUUGCAGCAUUGGUACAUUCCUUUUAGGUAAAGUAGAAAAUGGUUUUUUGUUUUGUAUAUAAUUGGUUGUAGUAGCCAGUGAAUAGUAACCCUAUCCCAUGAAUAUCCCCCAAGCCAUUGUUUCAUUUUGCAUCUCUGAUUUCAUAGUAGCCAGUGAAUAGUAACCCUAUCCCAUGAAUAUCCCCCAAGCCAUUGUUUCAUUUUGCAUAUCUGAUUUCAUAUUCGGGCUGACAUAGCAUAUUCUCCUUGUGCAGAAGCAAAGUGCCAUGGUUAUCAUCACUGUUUUGGAGGAUAUAGACUCUAUGCCUCUCCAUCCCUUGGGCUUCUUUGAGUGCCGAAGUGUUUCAUGCUGAAUGGUACUUGGUAAAUGGAGCACGGUGCUGGAGGGAACAGAGGCGGCUGGACGAGGCAGCGGCGCGAUGGGUUUGGGCUGGUGCAGGGAAGGGGGGCUGCCGUGCGUGCGGGAAAAAGUGGUGUUGGUCAUCGCGGGAGCUCGGACAGCGAUGGCGGUCGGACAACAGAGUGGCCCCUUCUCAGUGGAGGAUCUUCUCUUCUCCGUCCUUGACUUCCUGGCGAUGCGGUUUGCCGGGUGAACAGAGGCGUCUAAACAAGGCAGCGGCGCGAUGGGGCUGGGCCGGUGCGGGGAAGCGAGGUUGCUAUGCGUGUGGGGAAAGGAGGUGCAGGUCAUUGCAGACUCAUCUCUUCCCGCCCACUUCAUCUCAACCAGGCAGCAUGACCAGCAGCGACGUGCCGCUGCCGCCGAAGCGGUUAGGGGUCCGAAGCUGCUCGCCGAGCCCUGUCACCGCAGGUGUUCUGCCAGAGCGCCGCAACUCCCUGCCUCGACAAGGAGGCGUAGCAUUGAUGGCGGGCGACGACCGGACCAGGCAAGUCCAUCCCCUCUCCUAUCCUCUUCCAUCUCAGUAUUUGUUCCUCUAUGCGUUGUCGGCGUGGCAGUGUAUACUCGAUAGCGUGUGGCAGUGGCAUCUAGGCGUACAACGCCGACAUCUUGGCGUGGUGAGUGCGAGGAAGCACGCUGCU